CGGGAAGUUCUGCUCAGACACGUGUCUAGCCACACGCUGGUGGGAACCUGCGGCGCGGCGCGGACAGACCUGGAGGAGCUUCAGCCGCCGUGGUGUGAUCUCCAGAGGAUGACGCUGCUCGGGUGGCUGAUAUUCCUGGCUUCCUGGGGAGUCGCAGGGGCUGAAUUAGGGAGGUUCUGGCACAUCUCCGACCUCCAUCUGGACCCCAACUACACAGUAUCCAAAGACCCCCUCCGGGUGUGCCCGUCAGCCGGCUCCCAGCCCGUGCUAAAUGCAGGCCCCUGGGGUGACUACCUCUGCGAUUCUCCUUGGGCCCUUAUCAACUCUUCCAUCUAUGCCAUGAAGGAGAUCGAACCAAAGCCAGACUUCAUUUUCUGGACAGGGGAUGACACACCACACGUCCCCAAUGAGAGGCUGGGGGAGGGAGCUGUGCUGUCGAUGGUGGACCGUCUGACCAACCUCAUCAAGGAGGUCUUUCCAGGUACUAAAGUCUAUGCUGCUCUGGGAAAUCAUGACUUUCACCCUAAGAACCAGCUCCCAGCCCAGAGCAACAGCAUCUACACUCAUGUGGCAGAGCUGUGGAGACCCUGGCUUAGCAACGAAUCCUUCACUCUCUUCAAAGAAGGUGCCUUCUAUUCUGAGAAGUUGCCGAGUCCCAGCAAGACAGGGCGAGUUGUGGUCCUCAACACCAAUCUGUACUACAGCAGCAAUGAGCAGACAGCCGGCAUGGCCGACCCAGGCCAGCAGUUCCAGUGGCUAGGAGAUGUCCUAAGCAAUGCAUCUCGGAACGGGGAGAUGGUGUACAUUAUUGGCCACGUGCCCCCAGGGUUCUUUGAGAAGACACAGGACAAGGCCUGGUUCCGAGAGAGCUUCAACGAGGAGUAUCUGAAGGUGGUUCAGCAGCACCAUCGCGUCAUAGCAGGGCAGUUCUUUGGGCACCACCAUACCGACAGCUUCCGAAUGUUCUACAGCAGCACAGGUGCCCCCAUAAGCGUCAUGUUCCUCACACCCGGGGUCACCCCGUGGAAGACCACAUUACCUGGAGUGGUCGAUGGGGCCAACAAUCCAGCGAUCCGCAUUUUUGAGUAUGACCGAGCCACUCUCAACUUGAAGGACAUGGUGACUUACUACUUGAACCUGAGGCAGGCGGAUACACAAGAGACCCCGCAGUGGGAGCAGGAAUACCGCCUGACAGAGGCCUACGAGGUGCAGGACGCCAGCACCAGUUCUAUGUAUACAGCACUGACCCGCAUCGCCAGUGAGCAGCACAUCCUGCAACGUUAUUACGUCUACAACUCGGUCAGCUACAGCCAUCAGCCCUGUGAGGACGUCUGCCGAAGGGAGCAUGUGUGCGCCAUACAGCACGUGGAGUUCGACACUUACGCCACCUGCUUGCAUGGUCUUGGUGCCAACCUGGUACCUGGUUUCCUGCUCAUACUGACUCUGCUGACGAGCCUACACGUAUUGGAGGUGCUAUGACUGUAGGCACUGCCAGCCUACCCUCUUACUUGGUUCGUCUUUCUCCCUGGUAAAACUGGGCAACAUUACCCAAUGGAGAGAGAGGGAGAUGAAUUUUGCCAUCAGUCUGUGGAGAGUAAGGUGGGAUGGGACAUUUGGAUUCACCAGAGAGGGCGCUAAGAAGCACAUUUCUUCUGAGUUUUAUGUUUUAUCCACAGAGCUUGUUUGCGGUACAUGUCUUGGUGCAUUAUUCCCUUUAAUACAAACAUCAAACUAUCAUGCACUUGAUCGCCACAGUAAAGUGAACCCGCAGGAAGAUGGGCCCUGGAGAGUCUGUGCUUUUGAGUCCCUGCUCAAGGUCUAAAACUGGGAACCCACGUGGUCUGCAAAAUCCCUUGGUACUUUUAAAUAAAAGACUUUUCUGAUUUGGUUUCGCAACA